AUGCCUCUUUGGGCCUGCCAGACGCCAUGCGUGAGCCUCGGCUCCGCCCAUCGGAGGGUUUGUCGUGAGACGGCAGGCCGCACACCUCGCAAUGGACCAUCUGCGGCCGUUGAGCUCUCAGACCUCCACGAGCGAAGCUUCGAGCUCUACGACGACGGGUCCAGCUCCCGUCGUUGUCUCCACGCUACACCCCGAUUUCGCCUCCUCGUCCGAUGGCUCCUCUCCCAUCAGCAAUACUCAAAAGAAAGUGAGUUUUUUCUUUUCAAGGACCUCUUCUCGAAGAGAUUUCCUUUUCUAAUGAGCAAGUUUUCGUUCAUUGUUCCAUCAAAAACGAGCUAAUCGGAAAAAAAAAUCUUCAACCUUAAGAUAAAUACAAAAAAAACUUCAACAAAAGUAUUCUGGAUCAAAUUUUGAAUUCAAGGUGUCGUUUGCGGCGGAAGUAGACGAACAGCAGCAGGCCCAGUCAGAAAAGCAUUCGGCUCAGGAUUCCUGCUGCUCACUUCAAUGA